AUGUCGUCGCAGAAGGCUUGGGCUGUCGUCGCUGGAGUUGGGCCAGGCACAGGUGCCUCGGUCGCUCGCCGCUUCGCCCAAAAAUACUCGGUUGCGUUACUGGCACGGAACCCUGCCAACUAUGACCCUGUUGUGGCAGAAAUCAAUGCAGCUGGCGGUAAAGCUAUAGGUAUCAGCACCGAUGUUUCCGACGGGAAAAGCGUCAAGAACGCGUUCGAGCAGUUGAAGAAGGAAUUGGGAGGUGCAACGCUUGCUGCCGCCAUCUACAAUGUGGGUGGUGGAUUCAUCCGCAAGCCUUUCCUGGAGCUCACGGAGGAGGAGUUCGAGGUUGGGUGGGCAGCCAACGGACGAGGAGCAUUUCACUUUUCGCAAGCUGCUCUGCCUCUGCUGCUGGAAAGGGUCAAUGCAUCGCCCGAGUACCCUCCCACACUGAUCUUCACAUCCGCCACUGCCGCCAUGAAAGGUUCCGCACACUGUGCCUCCUUCGCGACAGGCAAGUUUGCUCUGAGAGCGCUGGCACAAUCACUGGCGAGAGAAUUCGGCCCGAAGGGCAUUCACGUCGCGCACGCCAUUAUUGAUGGUGUGAUUGACAUUGAGAGGACCAAGGCCUACAAAUUUGAUCAUCCAGACGCGAAGAUCAAACCAGAGGCGAUCGCCGAUGCGUACUGGUAUCUCCAUACCCAGCCCAGGACAUGCUUCACCAACGAGCUCGAUAUCCGGCCAUAUAUUGAAAAGUGGUGA